AAUUCUGUGUUUUGUUAUCUAGAUCACUUUUCGGUCCCCUCGAAAACCUCGCGCAGGUUUUUCUCCUGUUUGGGCCGAAAAGUCUUGAUUAAUAAUGGAAGUGAACAAGGAUGAAGCUAUAAGGUGUUAUGAGAUCGCUAGAGAACAUUACCGAACUGGUCGGCAAGAGAGAGCGGAAAAGCUACUGAGGAAAUCGAUAUCGUUGUUCCCUACGCCCGAAGCGGAAGAACUGUUGGAGGAAAUCGGAAAUAAGCGUCGUUCUAGUCAUGGUGGAAAUGAUCAUGGCACACGUACUUCGUCCAACUCUCGUACGAGCAGUGAAGAUAAAACAUCUGGUCAAACCUUCCCCAACUCAGAAUCCAACUAUUCGACCGAACAGAUCGAGGCAGUUAAAAGGGUCAAAUCCUGCAAGAAUUUUUACGAGAUUCUGAACGUUUCAAAAGACGCCGCGGACACAGAGUUGAAGAAGCAGUAUCGCCGAUUGGCACUGCUGCUACAUCCGGACAAGAAUAAGUUACCAGGUGCUGCGGAAGCUUUCAAAGCAGUUGGCAACGCUUACGCAAUUCUGAGCGAUGUACAGAAGCGGAAAGAAUAUGAUAUGUACGGUGCGGAAGGAUUGUCUCAAACGUCACCGCGUCAGAGACGAACUCCUGGCCAUGAUUUCUACUCAUUCGAAGCUGACAUAAGUGCGGAGGAAUUAUUCAACAUGUUUUUCGGUGGCGGGUUCCCGUCGAGUAAUGUAUAUCAUCGCAGUCAUCGGUACCAUCGACACUUCAAUCACGAAGCUCGGUCACAAACUCGCACGGAACCGGAAGCGAACAGUUAUUCCGUGCUGUUCAAUUUAAUGCCCUUGCUUAUGCUGAUUUUUUUGACGUUGAUCGGCAAUUGGUUUGCCGCGGAUCCGUUGUACUCCUUGAGUCCAACAUCGAAAUAUUCAACGGAGAAGGUUACUGCGAACUUGAAAUUCCCGUACUACGUCAAGUCAGACUUCGAAGAAACCUACAAGGGUAGCAUAAGAACGCUUGAAAGAAACGUUGAGGAAGAUUAUAUUUCUACUUUACGCCACAACUGCUACAAAGAACGGAAUUACAGUCAGUUCCUCAACGAUUCAGUUGUAUCCGUAUUUAUUGACGUUAUUCGUAUCUCCGUAGAGGAAACACUGAUGUGGCAAGCUAGAACGUACGGCGAUCCAGCUCGUCUUAAAAGAGCUCAGGAAAUGGAAACUCCUGCGUGCAAGCGUCUUACCCAAAUAUAUGGGUGA